AAAACAUUCGUUUGCAGGUACCUUUCCGUUACUUUGCUCUGUGUUCUGCGGGCUGACUGCUCCCUUUACUCCUCAAACCACUCUACUCUCCGUCCUCGUCUCUCUCAAAUCUCCUUCCGUUUAACAAUUUCAAUCGACGAAUGGCAUCAGAAACAGCAAGCAAACAAGAUACCCCUAGUGCCCAAAUUAUAGGAAAUGCUUUUGUCGAGCAAUAUUACCAUAUUCUUCACACUUCACCGGAAAUGGUUUUUAGGUUUUAUCAGGAUUCAAGUGUAAUGAGCCGUCCAGAUGAUAAUGGUGUAAUGACGUCAGUGACAACUAUGCAAGGUAUCAAUGAGAAGAUACUCUCGUUGAACUUCAAGGACUAUAAAGCUGAAAUAAAAACUGCGGAUGCUCAAACAUCGUAUAAUAAUGGGGUUACUGUGUUAGUAACUGGAUGCUUAAUGGGCAAGGACAGCUUGAAACGGAGAUUCGCUCAGUCAUUUUUUCUUGCACCACAAAAUGUUGGAUAUUUUGUCCUGAACGAUGUUUUCAGGUAUGCGGAGGACAGUGAACCACUGGAGAAUCAUCCAGUUAAUGGCAUUAAUAAUGUGCUAAUAAUCCCCAUAGUCCCUAAGUCAGAGCCUUCUCAUGCUCCUGAUCCUUCUACACCUGACCCAUCAACUUUAGUUGUGGAUCAAGAUAAAGUAGCUGAAAAAAUUAAUGAACCAGUUAGCUCUGAGGAGUUAGUUUAUGAAAAGGAGGUGGUUGUAGAAUCUCAACCUCAUUCCAAUGGAAAUGAUGUUUCCAUAGUUGUGGAAUCAGCUUCCUCUGUCCCUCAAGACGACACCCCAAAGAAAUCCUAUGCAUCAAUUGUUAAAGUGGCAAAAGGGAGUCCAGGCCCAACAAAAGUUUAUAUACCUACUAAUACUAUAAAAGUGACCCCUAAGAAACUUGAAACUCAUUCUCUACCAGCAGCAUCUGCCACAGAGCCGGAAACAUCAGCUCCAAGUAGCAGUGAAGCCGCUGAAAGUAGCAACGCUGAAGAGGAAGUGGAAGGCCACUCCAUUUAUAUCCGUAAUUUGCCUUAUAACUUGACAACUGCUCAGCUUGAACUGGAGUUCCAGAAAUUUGGACCGAUCAAGCACGAAGGUGUCCAAGUCAGAUAUAAUAAGCAACAGGGAUACUGCUUUGGUUUUGUUGAAUUUCAAUCUUCAAGCUCCAUGAACAGUGCUGUUCAGGCAUCGCCCGUGACUAUUGGAGGGCGUCAAUCAGUUGUCGAGAUGAAGAGGACUUCCUCUCAAGUUGGCAGUGGAAGAGGUAGGUUCCCUUCUGGGAGGGGAGGAUUUCGGAGUGACGGCUUUAGGGGCCGUGGAAAUUAUGGUGGUGGCCGGAGUUUUAGCAGAAACGAAUUUGGAAACCCGGGUGAAUAUUCCGGUCGAGGUAGGAGUUCAGGUGGGAGAGGUAAUGGUCAGCAGCAGCAAGGGAGAGGAAGAGGCAGUCGCUCAAGUGGGGGAAAGGAGAACACUAGUGUAGCAUGAAAGGUUUGACUAUAUUUUCAGGAGCAAGUAGUUUGUGUUGGGUUUUUAGGUAUUCCAAUUGACAAAAAUGUGUUGUGGGAUAUUGAUUUAUGUGGAGCAGUGGUUUGAUGAAUAGGCAUUAGCCAUAGAUUUAGAAUAUGUUUAGUAGAUUAGAAAGGUAGGAAUUUUUUCCUUGCUCUUCACAUUUAUCAACAUUUUGUCAAUGGAUUGAUCCAUUUGCUAGAAUAGGGAUUUAUCAUUUCAUUUGUAUGGAUGAAUUGGAUCAUUUUCUAUUGUUUUCAUUAUUAGUAGAGUUAUUAUUAUUCGUCCGAAA